AUGUACAACCUCUCUUGCAUAGAUGGUCACCACUUCUCAAGCCAGCAAGAUGUCUAUGUUCUUGACAUUCAACGGCUUGGUGCCGGUCUAGCUGCCAUCUCUUCGGAUCAAAAGCUUAGCCUCUUCAACCCUGCGAGGUUGGGCCACGGCCCUAUCAAGUCAUACCCGACCAGCCAUGGUAACCUGACAUGCCUGAAGACCUUCGACUGGCAGAACUCGAUUGUCUGCACGGCAGGUGAGAACGGAGAAGUCUCGGUUUGGGAUAUGAGAGAGUCAUCAAAGCCGCAGGUUGCCCAUUUCGCAGUCGGCACAGAAUUCCAAAACCAUAUGGCAUCAGUGCUACUCUGGGAUAUCAGAGCCGGCCCGACGCAGAGGCUCCAAUACGACGAAGUUCAUAGUGACGACGUGACAGAACUCCGCUUUCACCCUUCGGAACCGCACAUCCUUCUCUCGGGCUCAACCGAUGGCCUGGUCAACGUAUACGACACGCGCAUCUCCGAUGAGGACGAGGUCGUCAUCCAGACGCUGAACCAGGGCUCCGUCCACCACGCCUCCUUCCUCGGCAACACCGAGGUCUACGUGCUGACCCACGACGAGAAGCUCGCCGUUUACAGCGUCGCCGAGGAUCACGGCUCGGGCGCUGCGCUUGUCGACUUUGGCGAUGCAAGGGAGACUCUCGGUUGUCAGUACAUCGCCAACGUAACGACCAAGGUUGACGGUAGUGGCGCCAUUGUUGGUGCUGGCUCGCAAGACCGCCAGCUCUUCGAGUUGGUGCACCUGUCGCGCACGGCAGAUGGCGGUUGGGGGUUCGACAGGGCGAACAGUGUUGGUCUGCCUGGCGGCCACGGUGAAGAGAUUGUCCGGUCGUUCUGCUUCUAUGACGAUGAACAAGUUGUCUUUACUGCAGGAGAAGACGGCAACGUCAAGGCGUGGAGACCCAACUAA